AAAAAAAAGCUAAGCGGUAAGAAUAGAAAAUGUCAAUGGCGUUUCAACGAACGACAACACUGCUGCGGAGACCGUCCUAAAACGACUGAAACAUCUUCUUUAAAACAUGUCUUAAAAGUAUAAAAACACCUCGAAUUUUUCCUAAAGUAUCGUCCUUUACUUAACCCGCUUCGAAAGUUUUCAUCUUUCGUUUCCUAAUCAUGGAGGAGGAAGAAGAUAGCAAGAGUCCUAGGAUUACAGAAGAAGAAGAUGUGCAUGGUGGAACUGAUCUCCAAGCAGUCGGUGAGUCUAAAAAGAAGAAGAAGAAGAAGAAGUAUUACUGGAUGGGGUGUCUCAGAGCUGAAUCUGACGAGAGUGGAAACGUUGAUUUGACUGUCGAUUUCCCUGGGGAACGCACUGAGCCCACUCACCUUGUCGUCAUGGUCAACGGUCUCAUCGGCAGUGCUCAGGACUGGAGAUUUGCAGCUAAGCAGAUGCUGAAGAAGUAUCCUCAAGAUCUCGUCGUUCACUGUAGUAGACGGAACCAUUCUACACAGACAUUUGAUGGUGUUGAUGUUAUGGGUCAAAGAUUAGCAGAAGAGGUUAGGUCGGUGAUCAAACGUCACCCAAGUCUCAAGAAGAUUUCCUUUGUAGGACAUUCUUUAGGUGGCUUGAUUGCUAGGUAUGCUGUUGCAUGUCUUUAUGAACAAGAAUCCCAUCAAGAGCUUCCACAAAACAGUGACGACACAUGCCCUAUAGAGGAACCGAAAGAAAGAAUCGGUGGAUUGGAGCCUGUGUAUUUUAUAACUUCUGCAACUCCACACCUUGGUUCAAGAGGACAUAAGCAGGUCCCAUUGUUUUCUGGAUCUCGCACUUUGGAGAGGUUAGCUACGCGUGUGUCAUGGUGUCUUGGUAAAACGGGGAAACAUCUUUUUCUAGCUGAUGGUGAUGAUGAUGGAAAGCCUCCCUUACUCCUCCGUAUGGUUAGUGACCGUAGAAACCUUAAAUUCAUUUCUGCUUUGCGAUGCUUCAAACGGCGUAUUGCUUAUGCAAAUACACGCUUUGACCACCUAGUAGGCUGGAGCACAUCAUCUAUCAGGCGACGCAGCGAGCUUCCUAAGCUUCAACGUGGUCCAGUCAACGAGAAGUACCCUCACAUUGUUAACGUUGAAGCACCACCAGGUACCUCAAGUAACCAUGAGGAAGUUCAAUCAGAGACCAACUCAAGCGGGUCCAAGAAUUUUGAUAUGGAAGAGGAAAUGAUAAGAGAGCUGACAAAAAUGAGCUGGGAACGAGUUGAUGUUAGUUUCAGAGGAACCGUGCAGAGAUUUCUCGCUCACAAUACCAUUCAGGUGAAAACGAAGAUGAUCAAUUCAGCUGGAGCAGAUGUUAUACAACACAUGAUUGACAAUUUUGAGCCAUAGUUUAUCUGAAGAUUUGCAGAUCCCCCAACAAGCUUACAUUCACUAGGGGGAGAUAUACCUUUCUGUAAAACCAAUAGGAGUAAAAAUAAAUGAUAUCUAUUUACUUUUUCUGUGACUUCA